AUGAUUCGUCUCCCUGCUUCAGCCAUUAUCCUAGGUCCAAGUGAUCUCAAGGACUUUGAGACCCGCCAGAGACGGCGCCUGGCACUUGAGGCGGAUGAGAGAUCCGUACACACAAUAAGAUGCGGGCUGCGUGCUUUGGCAAUCCGAACAGUGGGCCGUCCAACAUCUGAUACCGGUCUUGGGAGCCGUGGGGACGAAGAACCUCCGUCUCUUGGCUUACCUGGAUCGUCCAGGGCGGUGGAUGUAGAAUAUUCCACGGUUACAGAUUUGUCCGAAGACCAAGAUGGGUAUCUUUCAAUUGGACUACAACAAUCUCCAGAGAAUGCAUCGAUUGAAGCACAACAGUCUUCGCCACCAAAAGACGAGUUUCAUUAUGGUGGUUUCGUCGAAAGCCCAACACAGCAGCUUGUUGCUGAUGCGUCGCAGCGGUCUUCACCGUUUGUUCCUGAGGAUAACUCCACCCCUCAACACCUUGAGUUUCACGAGACACGAGGAACACGGACGCGGACAUUUCCCCGGUCACCUCUGUUCCGCUCUGAAAAUGUGUCUAGCUCUCCGGAACAUCACCCAACAUCUAGUCUUGCCCAUCGACUAACUCAGGGGCACAAUACACCUGGGACUAUAUUUGGGCAACCCGCUAGACGACCAGCACGUACAUUCAGACACCAAACAAACAGCUUCUCGUUCGAUGAAUCCGAGCGUGCUAGCGCAUCUUAUGAACAUGAUCGUAUAUCAUCUAGCUCCACGACGGGCAGCACACCCCGCCCCCCAGACAACCUUAGUUUACAGGAAGAGCGGCGUGGAUGCUCUCUGGAAAGUACAGGGGUCGUUUCAAAUGUCCAUUCGUCCUCUUCAAAGAUACUCGAAGAUGAUGAAGCUCCCCUGCCACUCCUGGAUAGUGAUGAGAGAUCGGAACCCAUAAGGGAGUCCCUCUCCUCUUCCCCACAGCUGCCUCUGCCACCGCCAUUUUCUGCAGUCUCUCGAAGUGUGUCAAGAGCAGAGACUUUGCCUUCACAGACUCUGCCUGCACUACCCAAAUACCGGUUUAGAAAUAAUCCAUCGGCUAGUCCAGCCAGGGAUGAUUCUACAGGCUCUCCUGGACGCUAUCACAAUACUUCAAGUCCAAAGGCUAGUCCUCCAACUGUGGGGAGUGGCGAAGAAGUAGUUUCGAGUCCAGCUCACGGUGGUGGCCCCAGCCCGAGAAGUAUUUUGCGUUCUGCUGCACGUCUCAUAUCUUCUUACAGGACCCGUUCGCCAAUAGGCCGUCGCCGUUCACCCUCGCCGUCAACAUCGCCAUUACCUACACCACAUCAAAACAAAGCCAGUCGGUCUUCAAGAAAUCAUAAGCCCCCAACACCCUCUCGUAGCUAUCAUGUCUACAAUGAUGGAUUAUCUCCAGAAACGCAACCUCAGACUCCAGCUCAUUUGCCCGAGUCACGACACCAGUCUCGCUUUCAUCCAUCGUAUACCGCGCCCGUGGCUGCACCGGCUAGGAGUGGCUUUCACUUAAUUCGCUCCGGCGAUGGUGCUAAUGACGAAAUUUCCUCCUCGAGGUCUCGGCACGGGAGUGUUACUCCAUCUCGGAGAGGCCCGGUAGGAAGAUCUAAUUCUCCAAUCGGCUUAUUAAACGAGGGCUUCCGAGGUCUGUAUGGUGGUAGAGAAAACGGUGACGAGCAACGGAACUGGACCGAUGGGGUAAGGUUCAAUAAUGCAGAGAUGAGGCUCUGGGGGCUUAGGGACGCUAGGGGGGACGGGCGAAGCUUGCGCGAAACUCUCGAGCGGGAAAUAUGGCGGGUUAGAAGAGAUUGAUUCACGAGGUGUCCGAAGGUUCUGGUCUUGGGGAAGUGGAAAAUACGAAUUAGGGACGGGGAGAGGAUGGAGAAAUACGAGUUCAUCUGCUGUUCCACGAGGAUUAUCAAGUUAUUAUACCGCUUGGCUCUCUGUUCAGCGGGUUUUCAGCGUGGAGAGGGAGGGGAAAAGGGGGGGGGAUGACAUUACUAUAGCGAAUUCGAUUUAUUUCUUACAGAGCAUUUCACCG